CCGCGGUGUCCGCCAUGGAGAAGCCGGAGGAGGGAGAGCCGCUCUCCCACCCGCUGGAGCAGCAGCCCGAGCCGCCUCCGCAGCCGCCUGGGGAGAAGCGCUUCAGGCUAUGGUACGUGGGCUCGGCGUGCCUGGACCGGCGCACCACGCUGCCCAUGCUGCCUUGGCUGAUGGCCGAGAUCCGGAGGCGCGGGCAGCGGCAGGAGCCCGGCGGCGCGUUGGGCGGCGGCGUGCCGGCCCGCGAGGUGCUGCUGCUGCUCGGAUCGCCCACGCUGCGCUGCGUGCCCGCCGGCCCCACCAGCCCCGGCCCCGGGCGGCCCGCCAGCCCUGCGCCCGCCGUCUUCAUCUUCGAGCACAAGGCGCAGCACAUCGCCCGCUUCAUCCACAACAGCCACGACCUCACCUACUUCGCCUACCUGAUCAAGGCGCAGCCCGACAACCCCGACUCCCCCAUGGCCUGCCACGUCUUCCGGGCCACCGACCCCAACCAGGUUCCUGAUGUCAUCAGCAGCAUAAGACAAGUCUCCAAAGCAGCACUGAAAGAAGAUGCCAAACCAAGUAAGGAUAGCGAAGAUGCUUUCUAUAACUCUCAAAAAUUUGAGGUCUUGUACUGUGGGAAGGUUACAGUGGCUCACAAGAAAGCUCCCUCAUCAUUAAUUGAUGAUUGCAUUGAGAAAUUCAGCCUUCAUGAGCGUCAGCGCCUGAAACUACUCAAUGAACAGCGGAAUAAUGAGUCAAGUUUGGACUUAGCUCUGUGUGAAGGAAAUGCACCAGCUUCUCCAUUGGAUAGUCCAUUUGAGGAGCUGGGAAGUCCAAAUACCCCCACAGGGCAUGCUGUGAUGUUUACAAUUGGUAGCCAGAACAAUUUGACCAACCUGGCCAGCACCCGUAGCUCCUUUCCAGAGCGGAUUUUGGAGGACUCUGGCUUUGAUGAGCAGCAGGAAUUUCGUUCCCGGUGCAGCAGUGUCACUGCAGUUAUGCAAAGAAGGGUUCAUGAUGCAAACCUGAAGCCACGCAGAAGACAUGCAAGUGCACCCAGUCAUGUUCAGCCUUCUGAUUCUGAGAAGAACAGGACAAUGUUGUUUCAGGUUGGAAGAUUUGAAGUUAACCUCAUCAGUCCAGACACCAAAUCAGUUGUGCUUGAAAAGAAUUUUAAAGAUAUCUCUUCAUGUUCUCAGGGUAUAAAACACGUUGAUCACUUUGGCUUCAUUUGCCGGGAAUCUGUUGAACCUGCAUUAAGCCAGUAUGUUUGCUAUGUGUUCCAGUGUGCAAGUGAGUCUCUGGUUGAUGAGGUAAUGCUUACCUUGAAGCAAGCCUUUAGCACUGCUGCAGCUCUUCAGAGUGCCAAGACGCAGGUUAAGCUGUGUGAGGCCUGUCCUAUGCAUUCAUUGCACAAACUUUGUGAAAGAAUUGAAGGACUUUAUCCACCAAGAGCCAAGCUUGUGAUUCAGAGGCAUCUGUCGUCACUAACUGAUAAUGAGCAAGCAGACAUUUUUGAACGUGUCCAGAAAAUGAAGCCUGAGAAUGACCAGGAAGAAAAUGAACUUGUGAUCCUGCAUCUACGCCAACUCUGUGAAGCUAAGCAGAAAACACACAUUCACAUUGGUGAAGCUCCAUCGACUGCGUCUAACAGCGUGAUUCCAGAAAACACCACCAGUGGUGGCAGGUUUAAACUUGACGUUCUGAAAAACAAGGCCAAGAAAUCCUUGACUAGCUCUCUGGAAAAUAUCUUCUCAAGGGGAGCCAACAGAAUGCGAGGCCGCUUGGGAAGUGUGGACAGCUUUGAGCGCUGUAACAGCCUUGCUUCUGACAAAGACGCUUCUCCGGGUGACUCUCCACCGACCACUCCUCCGGCGUCCCCGGUGUCCUCAGCCUGGCAGCCAUUUCCUGAGGAGGACUCAGACUCCCCCCAGUUCAGAAGACGUGCGCACACCUUCAGCCACCCUCCCUCCAGCUCCCGGCGCCGGAUAACCUUCCAGAACGGCCGGUCGCUGAGUGCCCGCUCCCCGCUGCUGCGGCAGAGCAGCAUUGAGCCCACGAGUCCUAUUGUUGGGAUUCAGCGCUUUCACUGUGAGAGUGAAUCUGCAUCACCUGGUCUCCCUUCCUCUCUCUCUGCCCCUUCUUUCCUGAAAACUUUUUACCAGGGCUCAGGAAGGUUGCUCCAGCACUCAGAAAGUGACCUCUCCAAGAGUGAUGGGGAAGGAAAGAAAAGAGCAUCAAACAUCUGCAGCAACGAAUCUCUAAAUGCAGUGGGGGCCACACUCACACCUCGCCGCAUCUCCUGGCGGCAGAGAAUAUUCUUGCGGGUAGCUUCACCUAUGAACAAAUCUGCUUCCAAGAUGCAGCAUCCAGAUAGUCAUGACGGUAGUGAAUUGUUACCGCUAUCUCCUCUUGCUCCACCCUUGGAGGAAGACCCUCUUCUUUUAAUAUUGCAGAAUGAGGAUGGUACAGAUAAAACUGGAGAGAGGAAAAACUCGGAAGAACUACAGAGUCUGUGGAGAAAAGCUAUUCAUCAGCAAAUUCUGCUGCUUCGAAUGGAAAAAGAGAACCAGAAGCUGGAAGCAAGCAGAGAUGAGCUCCAAUCGAGAAAAGUCAAACUGGACUAUGAUGAAGUUGGUACAUGUCAGAAAGAUGUCAUAAAUGUUUGGGAUAAGAAGUUACUUAACUGCAGAGCCAAAAUUCGAUGUGAUAUGGAAGAUAUUCAUGGUAUUUUGAAAGAAGGUGUACCAAAAAGUCGUCGAGGAGAAAUUUGGCAAUUUUUGGCUGUGCAGCAUCGAGUCAGACACAGACUGCCAAACAAGCAGCAGCCUCCUGAUGUCUCUUACAAAGAGCUUCUGAAACAACUGACUGCUCAGCAGCAUGCCAUCCUUGUAGAUCUAGGACGGACAUUCCCUACACAUCCUUACUUUUCUACCCAGCUGGGAGCAGGACAGCUAUCGCUCUUUAAUCUCCUGAAAGCAUACUCUUUGCUGGACAAGGAAGUGGGUUACUGUCAAGGUAUAAGCUUUGUAGCUGGAGUGCUGCUUCUACAUAUGAGCGAGGAACAGGCUUUUGAAAUGCUGAAGUUCCUCAUGUAUGACCUUGGCUUUCGUAAACAGUACAGGCCAGACAUGAUGUCACUACAGAUUCAGAUGUAUCAGCUGUCAAGGCUUCUUCACGAUUACCACAGAGACCUCUAUAAUCAUCUUGAAGAAAAUGAAAUCAGCCCCAGUCUUUAUGCUGCACCGUGGUUUCUUACACUGUUUGCAUCUCAGUUUCCAUUGGGAUUUGUAGCCAGAGUAUUUGACAUUAUUUUUCUUCAAGGAACAGAAGUCAUAUUUAAAGUAGCACUGAGUCUACUUAGCAGUCAAGAGACAGCUAUAAUGGGAUGUGAGAGUUUUGAGAAUAUUGUUGAUUUUCUUAAAACCACUAUUCCAGAUAUGACUCAACCUCAAAUGGAAAAGAUUAUUACCCAGGUAUUUGAGAUGGAUAUUUCAAAACAGCUGCAUGCCUAUGAAGUAGAGUACCAUGUUCUGCAGGAUGAACUGCAGGAAAAUGUGAAUCUCUGUGAUGAUGGUGAACCCCUGGAGAAGCUGGAGAGAGCAAAUAACCACCUGAAAAGGCAAAACAUGGAUUUGUUGGAGAAGCUACAGGUUGCUCAUGCUAAAAUUCAGAGUCUGGAAUCCAGCCUGGAGACUAUCUUGACUCAAGAGAACAAAAUGAAGACUGCAAUUCAGUCACUGGAACAGGAGAAGAUAACAUAUCAAAAGACUCUUGAGCAGAUAAUUAAAUAUUUGCCUACAGAAGCAUUGUCUGACUGUGAACUGCUCUUGAAAGAAGUAAACUACAAUCCAAAUAAUAAAACAAAAUAAGGAAUAAGCCAUAAACCAGGGUAUUGUAGGGCAGCAUUUCUUCAAAUAUUAAGAGAAUAAAAGAUGAGUAUGCUGCUUUCAGAGGACUUAGCAAUAGGCAAUGUUAUUAUCCAAAACUAGUGCUGGGACACUUAUAGCUACAGAUGGGCCUUCAAAUCUCAGUAUGCAAAUUCAAGCUAUUAAUUUUUUUUAUGAUUAUGUAAAUAAAUCACAAGGGGGGAAAUAAAGGAUUCUCACAUGUAAUUAUGAUGAGUAGAUAUAUAUUUAGAAUUGACCUAAAGGAAAAGAUAAAUUUGAGUACUCAAAGCCAAGAUAAUAGUGAACUACAAUUUCACUCUGGAUGUGCUUAUCUUGUAGUGAAACGAAGAUAGCGUGUCUUUAUACAUAUAAAUAUAUAUAUAUAUAU